AUGACCGGGGGUGAACCUUGGCUGGUCACCGACACCAGCACCAACGGCACCUUCAUCAACGGCGUGAAAAUCGGCAAGGGUCAGUCCUGCCCCGUGUCGGACGGCGACCAGGUUUCCCUGAGCAUCAUCGUGCAGCCGGGCGCGUCGGGCGCCGCCGCAACGCAGCCGCAGGGAGUCCUUCUCAAAUUCCAAUAUGACCCGGACGCGGCUGCGCCGGACGUCCCGAGGGUGCACACGGCGAAACGCAAGGCGACGCCCGCCAAGCCGCAGCCGCAGCCGCAGCCCGCGCUGAGCGCGGCCGGCGGCGCGCCCGCAGCGUCCAAGGACGUGGCGCAGCCGCCGCCCGUCAAGCGGGGCCGGACCGGCACAGACGGGGGCGCCGCCGCCGGCGCCGACGCCGCGGCGGCCGUGGCUGGGGGUGAGGAGGGCGCCACAGCCGAGCUGCUUGCGCUGAGGCAUGCAAACCAGGAGCUGCGGCGCGAGGCGGCGGCGCAGCGUGCCCGGCUGCAGGCGCUGGAGGAGGAGCACGGGCGGCUGCAGGAGGCGCGGGCGGAGGCGGAUGCCGAGAUCGAGCGGCGGCGUGAGGAGGCGAGGGAGCAGGCCGAGGAGAUCUCUGCGUUGAGAUCUGAGAUCGCGGCUGCGCAGGAGGAGCGCGAGAAAGAGGCGGCGCUGCUGGCGCAACAGCUCGAGGCGGCGCGCGAGCAGCAGCGCACAGCCGAGGGGCGCGCGGCGGGGCAGACGGAGGAGAUUCGGGCGCUAAAGGAGUCGCUGCAGCAGGAGAGUGCGGCUCUCAAGACGCUGAUGUCGCAGGCGCUCGACUUGCAGGCCGAGCGCCAGGCCCUGCGGGACGCGGCAGAGGCAGCGGCCGCGCAGCACGCACAGCAGGUGCGGCAGCUGCAGGAGCAGCAGCAGGAGCUGCGGCGGCAGAUGGAGCGGCAGGCGGCGGAGCUGGGGGAGCAGCUGCAGGCGCAGAAGGCGGACGCGCAGGCGGACGCGGCCGCGGCGCGUGCGGCGCAGGCAGACGCGGCCGCGGCGCGGGACGAGGCCGCGGCGGUGCGGGCGGACGCGGUCGCUGCGAGAGAGGAGGCGGCUGAAGCGAGGGCUGGGGCGGCGGCGGCAAGGGGGGACGCGGCGGUGGCGCGCGAGGAGGCAGCUGCCGCCAAGCAGGAGGCGGCUGCCGCCAAGCAGGAGGCGGCGAAAGCAGCGGCGCUUGUCAAGCGGGAAGCUGCGGAGGACGUGCGGGGGCUUAAGAGGCAGCUGCAGGAAAGGACCGCAGAGAAGCAGGCGGCGGACAGGGUGA